UGCUAUUGAAGUUAGAAAUGUGUAUAAGAAUGUCGUAUGUAACUUUAGAGACGGUCCCUUAAUUUCCGAAUAUCGAACGUCCAACGUCAAACCAACUUUAUUCCAGUGUGUCAAAUGCAUUUUAAACAUUUCUAAUGCAGUAUCGGUCUGAAAAAUCGUUUGUGUCAGUUGGAUUCAAGUGCGCUAUAUUAGGAUACAGGAUUUCAGACUGAACCGAAAUGUGAUUAGAAGGUUCUGGUUUGUUUUUUUUUCCCUUGUUGACCUCUGAAUGUGAAGGUAUUUGUUCCGCUGUGUGGCGCAUUUGGCGGCGAGCUUUGAUUCCCGAGAGCCGAAAUAAGAUGAUUUAGGAACAUCAAUGGUCUCUCUCAGCUGCACCGGGCGCUUCUGGCUCGCACAGCCAUGCAGGAAUUUGUACUAAAUCUGGACCCCCCGCUCCUCAUCUCCCGACCCCUUUUCUGUGUUCCCGGGCUACCUCCGGGGGCAUAUAGUGGAAAGAGCCAUUAGGAUAUUUGACAAUCUCAGCUUGUUACAACUCCAUCAGUUAAUUGGAUCCCUUGUAGCGCCGCUCGUUUGACUCAUCUGCUACUUUGAAAGACAAAAGCGCGAAAGGGGGUCGUUGACACCUCGCACUACUGGGCGUGUAUAAAAGAGCUGUGGCCUCUCCUGGUUAUCAUUCCACUCCUCUCAACGGAAGCCUUAGUCUGGAGGCACGGAUAACUUCCUGCUUUAUUUUCCUUGCUUUGACUUUAUCUCAAACUCAAGAGGAAACCAUGCAGAUCCCUGCACGGCCUCUCGGACCCUACGGAUUUUCAAUGCGUCCACAGGCUACUCACCACCCGGACUAUGCGAGCAGUGCGUGUCUGGCCACUGCUGCAAAACCCAGCGCGGGGAAAUCCUUCACCAUUGACGCUCUUCUCGACAAGCCUGACACCACCGAAAACAGCAAGACGAGUCCAUUUCAGAGCUCACUGAACUCUGCGCCAACACCACCAGGUCUCUUUCUACAUGCCGGACAGAUGUGUCCUCCACUUCCUCACUACCUGUACAGCUCGGCUAUGAUGCACACACAACCCAGCUAUCCAGUCUACUGCUGUCCGCCCUACGGAUACCAGACAACAUGCCCAGGAGCUGUUUACACACAAGGUGCCACACUGUCUAAAGCAGGAGUUCACUCACACUACAAGCACAAAGGUGGGAAAUCAAAGCGGAUGCGCACGAGCUUCACCAACGAGCAGUUGUCCCGCUUGGAGAAGGAGUUUGCGCGCCAGCAGUAUAUGGUCGGAUCAGAGCGCUUCCUGCUCGCAUCCGCACUCCAGCUCACUGAGGCGCAGGUCAAAGUCUGGUUCCAGAACAGGCGCAUCAAGUGGAGAAAGCAGAGUCUUGAGCAACAGCAGGCCAAACUUGCCAAACUGGGUCUCGCGGUUCCGCCGAAAAGCCCCGGAUCUCAAGGCCGCGAGGAUGAGGGGGACGAGGACGAGCAUGAUUUCACUGAGGACUCUGAUGUUGACAUUGACGACUCCCUGCACGCCUGAAAAGCGUUACAGUGACUUUACCAACCAACACUGCUUUUUGUACAUAUUUGGAAUGCUACAUAUUGUGUAGUAACACCUUUUGUAUAAAAAAAAGAAAGCAAAAAAAAAAGCAAUAUAUUUAAGUAAUAGAUAGCUAUAUAUUUAAGACCUUUCUGUAUUAUUGCUCUUAUCAGAGUACAAUUCCUUCCUUUGUACACGUUUGUACGGAUGAA